AUGGCAGAUGAUGAAAUGAAAAAAAUAUUAAAGGAUCUACAUUUAGCUCAUCUCGAGGAUGACUUUAAAAGAAAUAGAAUUACUAAAUGUGUACUGAAAAAUCUUGAUCAACAACUUAUUACAGAUUUAAUACCUCUUAUUGGUGAUAGAAGCAUAUUUUUGAAUUACUGGAAACAAUAUUAUAAGGAAAUUUUACCUAAAAAGGAUGACAAUUCUUAUCCUUCACAAAAAAGAAUAAAACUUAAUACUGAAAAUAUAAAUAAAAUUGAUUCUGAGCGGUUACUUGACAACAUAGAUGAUAAAGAAAAUGCAAAAUCCAUCGAAAAAGUAUUAAGUAAAGAAACAAUGAUUUCUAUUGACAAAUUACUUUCUGAAAGCAAAGCAGGACAACAAAUUUGCAUGGUAUAUAAGUCAACAAAUCAGUUAGAUGAAAAACUGAGAACUACUUUGUGCAAUAUUAUUGUCUCUUACAUUAAAAAUAUAUCUGCGAGUCUGACAAACGAAUUAUGUAAGCAUAUAUCUAAAGCCAUUGUUGAAGUUUUUCCUACUGAAGUAGCAGAAAGAUAUUAUAUCUCUCCAGUAAAGAAAACAAAUUCAAAAAAUAAUAAGUCAAUAAUAUCAAAAGGCAAAUUAAUUACAAUGUGGCGUAACAGAAGGUUUAAAAAUAAUCAAUUGCUUAAAAGAAUAAAGGAAGAAACUGUAGAGAAACUUGAUAGUGAUCAAACAGAAAAUUUAGAGUUUCAUGAUGAAAUAAAAGAAUGUGCUGAGUGGGUGAAAAAUAAUAUAGCGCCUUGGGGUGAUGUUCUAGAAAAAUGGCAUAAAACUCAUAAAAUGAUAAUGAAUGAUAUUGCUGACUUACAAGAAAGAAAUUUAACACAGAUUUUUGAUAAUUGGUCGUUGUUUAAACAUCCACAAGGACAUGAACUGAUAAACAUUGAUUUCAAGAAUAUGAAUAUUGCAAAAAUAGAAUUAAAUUUCAAUCUUUGGAUGGAAUUUUUUGAAGUUGUUCAAGAAGUGCAAACUAUCAACACGAAAGAUAGCAAUGUUCACAUAAUGAUACAAGAAUUAAGUUUAAAAGAUGUAACUGAAGACAACAAAGCAGUAAAAAUCUUACAUUUAUUACCACAUUUUGUACCACCUAAAAGGUCAUUAGGAAAGAAAAAGUUCAGACCUUCAAUUGCAAUAGCACAAGAGAGUAUGAUUAAACACGUUAAUACUCCUGCUGAUGUUACUAGAGUUCGCUUAGAAACAAAGACUUUUGUUGCAACACUAAAAUUAACAGUUCAACCGUACAUCAUCACCGUAGGUCCUAAUGAUACAGUGAAAGAGAUAUAUGUUUGUAUAGAUGAAACCUUAUAUACAGUUAAUAGUGUCAUUAAAGCAUUGGAUAUAUGCUUUAAAGCUUUUCAUGUCUUUCAACUGAAUUAUCCAGUUGCCAGUGAACAUUUAUGGAUUCUAAUACAGAAAGGUAUUUACAAUUUUGAUACAAAAUGGGAUACUGGCAUACCAUUUAUCGCACAUAUAUUAAAUAGAAUUAAAGUAAAACUUCAUGGUGAAAAAGACAGCAUUAAAAAUUUAGCGGAUGAUCAAGAAGAAAGUAUUUCAAUUGAAAGCGAAAAUAGUAAAGAAUAA